AUGGAAGAGGGAAUAAAUGAAGAAGCUUUGCCAAUUAUUGAGUGUCCAGAAAUUUAUGCUAAAAUAGAAGGUAUUCAGGUUACAGCGUUAGUAGAUUCAGGUUCUAGAGUUACCACGAUCUCUGAAGAAUUUUAUUUGGAGAAUACGGAGAUUUUGAAAAAUUGUCCGCUUUUGCCUGUCACGGGAGUGACGGUGAAAGGAGCGAUAAAAGGCAAGUUAACGAAGGUUAGAAAUCAAAUAAUGGCGAUGACUGAAAUUGGGAAAGUUAAAACCUACAUAAAAUUUUUGAUAGUGCCCGGCUUGAUUAGGGAUGUGUUGCUUGGAGUAGAUUCUUUGCAACCGCUUAAAAGUCUAAUUGACCUGGGAGCAAUGUCUCUCCAGGGCAACCAGUGUGUGAAAAACAUUUUAACGCCGAUGAAAUUGUAUGGCAGCGAAAUCUUGUGGCUUCUGAUGGUACUGUACUCGGUGUUACACCUUUCCUCGAUUGAUACAACGUGUGGUUUCGACCCUAGAUUCUUUGAGAUUCUAAAAUUAUCUCUCUCGAAAAAAGACGAGAUUCAAAAACACGGAAUUUUAUUAAUCGAUGAAAUGGCUACAAGGGAAAGUGUCCACGUUAAUUCCAAAACACUCUCGUAUAAAGGAUUGAUCGACUUUGGCAAAGAAGGAGAACAGGCUUCUGAUUUUAACGAAAAAGCGAACCAUGGUUUGGUAAUUAUGUUUCAUCCAUUGUACGACGAUUACACGCAACCUAUAGCUGUAUUUGCCUCACGAGGAUCAGUUAAGGGAGAUGUUCUUGCGAAACUGAUUGUGAAGGCAAUUGUAUUACUCGAAAACGCCGGCGCAAAAAUACACGGAGUCGUGACGGAUGGAGCGAGUACUAAUCGAAAAUUUUGGAGUGAGAUGGGCAUCAGCGGACAGAGGAAAAAUUUGCAAAAUUCCUUUGAACAUCCUGUGGAUGAAAGGCGUCGGGUUUUUGUAUUCUCUGAUACUCCGCAUUUGGUGAAAACCAUUCGCAAUCGUCUGUAUGGCAAGAAGAUUUUACAGAUGGACCCGACGGAAUCUCCGAUUAAAUGGGAUGAUAUCGAGAUGCUUCAUAAAAAGGAUAAAGAACUCGCCGGUCCGGGCCAAGUUUUAAUGUGCCCCAAAUUGUCCUCGAAUCAUUUUGCGCUUAAUAAUGCAUCCAAAAUGAGAGUACGAUUGGCUGUGCAGGUUUUCAGCAAUACUGUCGCAUGCGGACUUCGAUUCUUUCAACAGUACGUCCCGGAAUUGAAAGAUUGUGAAGGAACUGCAGCUUUCUGCGAGUGGAUCAAUCAAAUGUUCGACGCCCUCAACCGCAAAGACGAUAUCGAAGGAAUGCAGCCUGGCAAUACCGAUUUUAAGAUUCUCGAGGAUUCUAUUCGCAAGCUGGAUGAGUGGGAGGAGAAGGUGGAAAAAGGCUUGUUAUCGAAGGAUCUGUUCUUGACUCCGCAAACGGCCGAAGGCUUAAGAGUGACUCUAAAGUCAACUCUCGACAUCGUCACGUAUCUGACGAAUGAAUGCGGUUUCCCGUAUGUUUUAACGGGUCGAAUAAAUCAGGAUCCGCUCGAGGUUAAAUUACUUCAGGGACUUGACAUAUAUUCAUGCAGAUUCGAAAUAAAAUUGGGUGAAUACUUCUUUGGACUACGCACCGAAUUCGUGGAAUCAAAUGUUAUCAAGUGCUAGACUUUCUGUGCUCUCUCUGU